GAAGAAGAUAUCAGCACCGGAAAUGCAAGAUAUCCCAGAAGGCAUCGCUUCUUCUGCUUCAAAUGGGCACGGACAUGUUAAGAAGACGUUCAGAUGGAAGACCAAGAGAGCUGUAAGUGUACCAACACGCCCUAAGCUGGUUGCUACGUCAGGUCCCCAGUCUCCCAUCUCCCCGUCCUCAGAAGGUCAAAGAAACCGUUCAGCUUCCGCAGAUAACCUUUUAAAACCAGAACCAAUUGGAACACUUCAUAUACAAUUAUGUCAUAAAACGCAAGAUGAGCAACUCAUAGUUUCUAUUUGCAGGGCAGAAGAAUUAGAAAUCACCAAUAAGCCUUAUGCAUCUGAGCCUUGUGUUAAUCCAUACGUCUAUAUUCGAGGUUGUAUUUUACCGGGUCAGAGGAAAAGAUUCAAAUCAAAGAAUUCGCAGCAAUUACAGAAUCCGGUCUGGAAUGAAGAAUUUAUACUCCAAGACAUCUCCUUUUCAGCCGUUUGGCAGCUUACGUUGCGUUUCUCCUUGGUGUACCGGGCUGGCCCAGGUAGCCGGCCUGUCAUGGCUGGCUUCUGUAGUCUACCACUCCGGGACCUGGAACUCCACCAGCCUAUAGACAGGACCCUCUAUGUUAUACAGUCCAGUAGUCAAGCGUCUCCGAUGGGUGACAUCCACCUGUCAGUGUGUUACCAGCCCGACUCUUACCGCAUCGUUUUCCUCGUCUAUGGGGCUCGAGAUUUACCACGGAGCACCAUCAUAGGAACAUUACACUCGUGUACGCGUAUUGAGAUGUUGUACAACGACUGGCGAAUUUCGAAACAAAAGACGCAUCUGGUCCGAGAGACACACGACCCUUCAUGGAACGAUCAACUGGUUUUCACUCUUCCCGAGGGUAAUAGUAGACUUCAGGGAGUGACAUUCGUUGUUUCGCUUGUUCACAGAGACGUCGUUAAAGGGGGACAUGUCGUUGGAAGGGUUGAACUUGGCUGGUCAUCGACAUGUGAAGAGUUAGAACAUUGGGUAGACAUCAUGAACAAUCCAAACCGACCUAUCGCUUCUUGGUUAGCAUUACAGAGUCCGGAUUGAACCGGUUGACCCGACCAUGAAGAAUGGGACCGGUUUCUUGAGACCGUCAAAAACUCUUGGGCACACAACAGAACCACGUCUUCUUGUUCUUUCGCAGUGUUAAGGAAAAUACGAUUGUGGGUCUUUCAAGAAACUUACCCCUGACAGUUAAGUUGAAUCACUUCCGGAGGACGAUACGAUGCGUUGCUUCCGCUGAAUAUAUUUUCUUUUUAUCUGUUAAGGGAAGGGGUACUUCUCAAUUGGCAAAUUCUUCUCGCAAACAUGUUUUCAGUCUCAGAAAAAAUAAAAAUGUGCUAUUCCAUAUUAAGCUUUAAAGGUUGUUUAUUUCCAUUUGCCGGAUUAAGGGAGCCCAUGGUUUUUUAGGGGUUUAUUCUUACUAUGGUGAUAAUUUGAAUACAAUCAUUAUUUUUUUAUAUCCAAAUUAAUUAAUAUCAAUGAUUUAUACCAAAGUUACGUGCAUUUAAUUUUUUUCUAGAAGUAAAUACCUCGUCUCAGAUCAUAAUAAGAAAUCUCGUAUAAUUUAAAAAGGUUGAAGGCAAUUCCAUGUUGGGUUUCCCAAAAUUUAGAAGUGGUAUUAUACCCGAGGCCCGUUUCAUAAAGCUGUUCGUAAGUUAAGAGGGACUUUAAGAACGACUGGUGAUCCUUUCUUGUGGUAAAUGAUAUUCAAUAUCAAACGUAUUUAGCGAGUAAAACAGGGUCACCAGUCGUUCUUAGAGUCGCUCUUAACUUACGAACAGCUUUAUGAAACACCGACCUGUGUUUAGAUUUUUAUGCUUUAAAAUUAGUUUACAGGAAAAAAAUAUAUCACUUUAAAGAAUGCUUUCUUUAUUUAUCCCCGACAUUUCACGAGGACUAAACAAACGUUUUGAAAUUCUUCAAGCAAGAAAUUGAAAAUGUAUUUCAUGCAUUUAUAAAAACACAUAAGAUAAACGGAGUUUACGACACCACGAGUUCGUCGAUUAUGACCCUUUUUAAUGUUUUUUGAGACCUUGCAAAAGUUUAAAUUGCAGUGAGUUUGCUUAAAUUAUUUAUCCUAUUUCGAUGAUUCUUUUUAUGUUUCACUAAUACCUCAGUCACAUUUCCCCUAAGGCGGCCGUAUGGCGUCGAAAAAAAGCCGUUUUAACAUUUUUUUUGGUACCAGCUACAUGUAGGUGGUUCGAAUCAAAAUGAAUAAAACGGCUGUUUUCGACUCGCCGUACGGCCGCCGUAGGGGAAAUGUGACUGAGGUAUUAACGUCAGUGUUUAAUUCAGAGAGACUGAAACUUUGGGUGAGCAUACGGACAUUGAAAAGACGGUAAAUGAACCAUAAAAUGCCCUUCAAACCAAGCGAAGCGAUCGAAUGGGACCAUACAUUGAUGAAAAUCAAUUUCAACAUAAUGUGUAUGUAAUGAGAUGUAAAUAUGAAAAUGAAAUUCUAUGUAUGUAUUG